AAUUUACAGAAAGAAAAGCAAAAGCUUCUCUCUUCCUUUCUUCUUCUAUGCCCAUUUGCUCUCUCAUUGAAUUUCCUCCCAAUUUCCUUCAGUAUAAAUCCCACCCCACAACCAAGUUUCAAUCUUCUUUCUUCUUCUUCUAAUUCUUUCAUUUCUCCGCCGCCAGCCAUGCCAGUUUCAGUUUGGUGGGGGAAGAAGUUCAGCAGCAAGAGCAGCAGCCCGACCAGCGGCGGCAACAGCAACGAGAGCUCGUUUUCUCCCAAGUCGGCGGCCAAGAUUAAUAUCACCAGGAGGCACAGCUCCGAUUCACCAUCAGUUACUCCCGGGUUGACCGGUUCUUCGCGCGCCGGGAAAGAUUCCUCCGGCGGAUCCUCUGGGUUCUUCGGGUUCGAUUCGGAUGCCGACAGGCGCGGGCACCCUUUGCCCCGUCCGUCCGUCAGUGAUCGCGGCGGCGAUCAGGGUGGGGCUGUCGUCGGGUUUGGGUCGGGUUCCGGCUCGGGUUCCGGGUCUGUUUCCAGCGUGAGCUCGACUGGGUCAGCGGGUGAUGAGCCCCAGAUUGGAAGUGGUGAUCGUCAGGCGGCGUUUUUCGGCGGUUACAGGUCACCCGGCAAUCCAGGAGGGCGAGCUGAAGCUAAGUUCUACGUGGGCUCUCGGAGCCCCGGUCCAGGGUCGAGAAGCCCUGGUCCGAGGUCAAGAAGCCCUGUACCUGGUUCAAGAGGGGCAAGCAGGCCUACCUCACCGCUUCAUGCGCGGUUAGGUGGUAUGAAUCUCGAUUCGCCAACUGGGAGGUCCGAUGACAGCAAAAGCCAAUGUCACCCCUUGCCUCUUCCCCCAACUUCACCCACUAGUCCUUCAUCUUCCUCCACAACAAGCACAAGAAAUCAUGGAGGGGGCGAAAGCAUGACUGCAACACUGUCGAAAUGGAAGAAAGGAAAGCUUCUUGGAAGGGGAACUUUCGGUCAUGUUUACCUCGGAUUCAAUAGUGUAAACGGGCAGAUGUGUGCGAUAAAAGAAGUCAGGGUGGUGUCAGAUGACCAGACAUCAAAAGAAUGUCUUAAGCAACUGAACCAGGAAAUAAAUUUGCUUAGUCAACUUUCACAUCCAAACAUUGUUAAAUACCACGGGAGUGAAUUGAGCGACGAAACACUUUCAGUUUAUUUGGAGUUCGUCUCUGGUGGUUCGAUUUACAAAUUACUUCAAGAGUAUGGUGCCUUCAAGGAGCCAGUCAUCCAAAACUAUACCCGGCAGAUUCUGGGCGGACUGGCCUACUUACAUGGAAGGAAUACUGUUCACAGGGACAUCAAAGGAGCCAACAUAUUAGUUGAUCCUAAUGGUGAAAUCAAAUUAGCAGACUUUGGCAUGGCUAAACAUAUUACAAAUUGCUCUUCAAUGCUUUCAUUCAAGGGAAGUCCUUACUGGAUGGCACCUGAGGUUGUAAUGAAUUCAAAUGGCUACAGUCUUGCUGUGGAUAUAUGGAGCUUGGGAUGUACAAUACUUGAAAUGGCAACUUCAAAACCGCCAUGGAGCCAGUAUGAAGGGGUGGCUGCAAUAUUUAAAAUUGGGAAUAGCAGAGAUAUGCCUGAAAUACCAGAUUCGCUCUCCAAUGAGGCUAAGAGUUUCAUAAAGCUAUGCUUGCAACGAGAUCCAUCUUUACGCCCUACAGCCUCACAAUUGCUUGACCACCCUUUUCUCCGGGACCAUGGAGCGAGAGUUCCAAUAAGCCAUCUUUCAUCCGCCUACAACUUUGAUGGAAGCCGCACACCGCCAGCAUUGGAUAUGCAAUACAACAGAAAUGGCAUCACAUCAUACCACGAGGCUGAGUAUCCUAUCAAGCCUGCAAUCUCCAACAUCAGAGCACCGAGAACUUCGAGGGACGAUUCGAGAAUGAUUACCUCUUUACCUGUAUCCCCUUGCUCUAGCCCAUUGCGGCAGAGUGUGCCAGCCCACCGAAGUUGUUUCCUGUCUCCACCACACCCUCUCUUCCCCCUGAUGGGUCCAAAUGGCAGCAGCGGUUAUAACAUGACCGAGUUCUCGUUACAGCCCACGAGACAAAUCCCAGGUCUAUCUCACAGUGAUUUCGUCCUAGAAACCACCUCCCUCACGAACCGCGUGGCAGGUGGCUCGCCAAUUACGAGACGCAUCUGAGUUGUGCAUACACAGAAGAGAUAUAGACUUUUCCAUACCGAGAGGGUUUCCUUCGAGUAGCCUGAAGCUUGCUUCGGAAGGGAGAUGGGGGUAAUAGGCCAAGAGUGAAGCUGAGUUUUGGUGCAUAUGUGGGUUUUAUAGCCAGAUGGUUUGGUUGGUUCUCUCUUGAUUUUAGUUCUGAGGCCAAAUCAAUGUUGUGUAAAAAUGGUCUCAUCUUUGGUGUUGUAAAUGAGAGGGCUGCCGCCGCCGUUGUUGUAACAUAUGUACUGAUAAAUCUGGAUCUUUGGUGUAUAAGAGAAAGAAAGAAAAUUGUCCGGUGCCCGGUGACUUUCGCCGGGAAUGUUGACAGGGUUCUUAGGAUGGGCAUUGUACUGAACAAUUUGUCUAAUCACAAUGAUUGAUAUCGUUCCCCUUUGAACUGGAAUGAAAGUGGAAGGCUCGUUGUUGUUUUAACAAGAGAAACAAACAGC